AUGGAAGAGGAAGCGGUGCGGAUGCGCUGGCUCAGCGGCUGGCCCAGACGAGUCCUCCCUCUGCGUCGUCCUGCAGGCUUGUCGCAGAUGAACUCGUAUCACGCGCAAUGGAGUGUCAUGGACGACCAGAUCAUGCUGACUCUGCCAUCGACGACGGACGCCUUGUCCCCGUCCACGGUCUACCUGGCCGACCUCGAAGACAGCCUAGAAAAUGAUGACGAUGCGGUCGAGUUCAGCCAGAUUGCAGAGCUGCCGUUUCAUGCCACGAGAUCCAGGCUGCUGAGCAACCGAGCGGGAUUUGUCACUGCAGAGUUCAGACAAAUUCAAGGCAAGUUGAUACUGCGCACGCAUGACCGGAGCGGCAGCGUCAAAAGGGAGCAGACGGUGCCAGCAGAAGCUGUCGAUGGGGAGUUUGCCGUUCAUGGCCCAACUGUCGCCCUCUGUGUACGCAUCGGCAUUCAGAAGCCAUCCACCAACUGCCUCGGUACUUCGACUCAUGUCAUCACCUGGAACACUGAGACAGGAGACCUCGCAAAGGUUGAGAUACCCCAAGACGAACGCGCACCUCAAUGUCACAGGGGGAACAUCCAGUUCACUACCUCUUCGUAUAUUGCUCUCGGCGGCCACAUCGACCCCUGCUACGACAAGCCAUAUGCCGUGCUGCGAUCAAUUCCAAUCGCGCCGUCAGAGCAGAAUCUUGGCCGAUAUUUCCACCACCACGAAAACUUUGAGUAUGGAGACGACCACGACGCGAUAGCGAUCCCGGGAAGUUCUGCUCACGGCAACUUCGUCGUUCACCAUCACCAGGACCAGAAACGUUUCACAGUCGCAGACGUGGGCUUGCUCACAGGCGAGAUUCCAUCCGAGCCAGAACCCACGCCGAGAUACUUUUCCGACCCAGAUUACCACAAGGAUCUCUUCCACGUCUUCUCCAACAAGAGCAGUGCGCGAACGCUCAACGGGGCGACGAUAUCUGACAGACUCCCCGCCCUCGCCGGAAACCGACUGCUGGUGCGGCAACACCUCGAGGAGUACGACCAUGACGCGGACAGCUACCAUGGCUUCAAGGCCCCUCACUCCUCAUUCGGCACCUUUCAAGUCCUCUACCUCUACGACCUAGACCAAGACCGGUGCAAGGCCCUGCGCCAGCUUUCGCCCACCGAGCGCCAGGCUCUCGAGGCGCGGCUCAAGGAGCUGAACCCCGACGCCAGGGCGGCCGUCGUGUCCCGCAUGUUCUACGCCUCCAUCGAAGACGAAGACGACAUGGAAAGGGACGCCUCGCCGGAGUGGGAGGCCCACGUGCGAGAGCUGUGGGAGGUUCAGCAGGCGCGGCAACGGGGAGAGGCCACGUUCCCGACACUGGAGUUUGACGAUGCGCCGGGGGGGCAUGAUGACGAUGAUGCUCGCAUCUUGUUCACGCGCAGCAUGGUUUGUCUGCCGAGCGUGCGGGACGGCGAGGCGCUUGCUUUGACGACUUCGGCUAUCGUUGAGCUGCCGACGCCCGCGGCAGAUGGGUAUGUGCAUUGUUUUGUAGCAUAG